CAGCCGCUCCCCGCACCAGUUGCUGGCCAGCCUGCCCCUGGCCGCCUCGCCUGCUCCUGGCUGCCUUGCAUGCCCAGGUCCUCAAGCUCCUUGUGCGUCUGACCAAACAGGAACCAUGUCUACCUUCGGCUACAGGAGAGGACUUAGCAAAUAUGAAUCCAUCGACGAGGACGAGCUCCUGGCUUCCCUGACGGCCGAGGAGCUGAAGGAGCUGGAGAGGGAGUUGGAGGACAUUGAACCUGAUCGCAACCUGCCGGUGGGGCUCCGACAGAAGAGUCUGACGGAGAAGACCCCCACGGGGAAUUUCAGCAGGGAGGCGCUGAUGGCCUAUUGGGAAAAGGAGUCCCAGAAGCUGCUGGAGAAGGAGCGGCUGGGGGAGUGUGGGAAGGUUGCAGAAGAAGACAAAGAGGAGAGUGAGGAAGAGCUGAUUUUUACUGAAAGUAACAGUGAGGUGUCCGAGGAGGUGUACACCGAGGAGGAGGCGGAGGAGGAGGAGGAGGAGGAGGAAGAGGAGGAAGAGGAAGAAGAGGAGGAGGACGAGGACGACAGCCACGAAGAGGAGAGCGCCGUUGAAGACGAGGAAGCCAUCAACGGCACUGCCCACCCUGAGCGCGCCAGUCCCGACAGCGCCCGGCCGAAGACAUUUAAGAGUCAGUUAGAAAACAUCAGCUUGACCAACGGCCACAGCGGGCGGCACUCGGAGUCGCCGGCCGCCAUCCACCCCAGCGGCAACCCCACGGUGAUCGAGGAGGCCUUGGCGAAGAUCCGGAGCAACGACCCCGACACCCGCGAGGUCAACCUGAACAACAUCGAGAACAUCACGUCGCAGACGCUCGCGCGCUUCGCCGAGGCCCUGCGGGGCAACACGGUGGUGCGCACCUUCAGCCUGGCCAACACGCACGCGGACGACGCCGCGGCCGCCGCCAUCGCCGACAUGCUCCGGGUCAACCGGCACAUCACCAGCGUCAACAUCGAGUCCAACUUCGUCACGGGCAAGGGCGUGCUGGCGCUCAUGCGGGCCCUGCAGCACAACCCCGUGCUCACCGAGCUGCGCUUCCACAACCAGCGGCACAUCAUGGGCAGCCAGGUGGAGAUGGAGAUCGUGAAGCUGCUCCGGGACAACACCACGCUGCUGCGCCUGGGCUACCACUUCGAGCUGCCGGGGCCGCGCAUGAGCAUGACCAGCCUCCUGACGCGCAACAUGGACAAGCAGCGGCAGAAGCGGAUGCAGGAGCAGAAGCAGCAGGAGGCGGCGGACGGCGGGGCCCAGCCCAGGACCGCGGUCUGGCAGAGAGGGACGCCCGGCUCCUCGCCGUACGCAUCGCCCAGGCAGUCGCCCUGGUCGUCCCCCAAGCUCCCCAAGAAAGUCCAGACGGUGAGGAGCCGCCCGCCGUCUCCGGCGGCCCCGCCCCCGCCCCCUCCCCCGCCGCCGCCGCCGCCGCCGCCGCCCGCGCCGCAGAGGCUGCCACCCCCGCCGCCGCCGCCGCCGCCGCCGCUCCCAGAGAAAAAGCUCAUCACCCGCAACAUCGCCGAGGUCAUCAAGCAACAGGAGAGCGCCCAGCGGGCUUUACAAAACGGACAGAAAAAGAAAAAGGGGAAAAAGGUGAAGAAACAGCCGAAAAACGUCCUAAAGGAAAUAAAAAAUUCCUUGAGGCCAGUGCAGGAGAAGAAAGCAGAAGACAGCUACCGACCUUCUACCCCACAGAGAUCUGCCCAUGACAACCUCAUGGAAGCGAUCCGGGGGAGCAGCCUGAGACAGCUAAGGCGGGUGGAAGUUCCAGACGCUCUGCGAUAAACACACAAUCUUGAGAAGAGGAUGCAGACUUAUUCCUUGGCGUUAAAUGAAACGCAUCGGGAGAUGCUUCUAAAGUACCUUCUUCAAUUGGAAACGUCCUCUGACUUUAAAAAAUAGCCUCAGCCAUGAAGUCCAAAGAGAAUCUUAAGAAUCUUCUGUAAAUAUGAAAAUAAACUUCUUUUUUAAUGUCAUGAGAUUUGUAUUGGCAGGAAGCAGUUUGUUUAAAGAUGCUUCAUAGCUCUGAGCUGCUGAGUUAAUGAAAUAUGCUGUUAUUUUUGUAAUCCCAAUAAAUUUGGAUUGAAGUUUUUUUAAAAAAACAACAAACUAAUAUUUUUUUGUGAGUUGGUACAUUUUCAGGUGUGUAUGUAACAUUGUUGAAUAUUAAAAAUAUUACAUUAUCACCCAAAAAAGGGUUUUGGUCCUUA